AUGAGAUUUUCCACGCAUAAACCCGAAGAGCACCUCCAUGUUGGAAAGACUUUAUGUCUUCUCUGUAGACAGACGGCAAACCCUGGGUUACUUGUUCUCGACUUAAAUAACAACAAAUUCGUAGUACCUGAAUGCCCACUGCCAUGUCUACGGUGUCUAGACACCCGGAACCCCAAACUUUGGACUCAUAUUCUCUGUUUUGGCCUUUUAAAAAGCAGCUAUGGAGUAGCAAAACCCACCCUUGAUGAUAUACGGAGAUUUGGUAACGCAGUCAAGCCCCUAUACCGGCCCUUGGAUCAAGAGUAUAUUGAUACCGCGUCUUCAUGGGAAGGGCUCUAUAGUCAGCACACAAGAAUUAUUUUGGAGAGCAGUUUCAGGCGAGAACUGCUUGAAAGGUUACCCGUGGAGAUUCAGGCCAUGAUCUCGAGAUUUAUUGGUCCGUGCUGGUACUUGAUCGUACUUGGUGAGACUCGGCGAUUAAUAGAAGUUUUGCGGAAUUUCCGCCAGUGUCAGCUUGAACGACUCAAUUUGACAAAGAGCAAGGAGAUCUACAUCAGCAGCAUAAUGUACCAGGGCAUUUCCUACAUUACGAAUAUUACCAACGUACUGCCGCUGCCAUGGUCUCAAGGUACUUCUGGUCAAAAGAAUGUGAAGCUACCUGCCCAGGUCAAAAGUCUUGUUCUAUCCGUUGAUCAUAUUGGCGUACGCAGCCUGCAGUUCGUGGAUGAAAAGCCUCACCCAUCGGCAGAUGAGUCGCCGUGGUAUCAAACUGUCGACCUCGUAGAAUCUGGUCUGAAUUUACGAGUUACCUUUGAUGGCUUAUUCAUUAGAAAUGUGCAGCCUCCUCAGGGUCAUGUACUAGAUAUGACUAGAGUCUGGAGCUCCCCCUCACCACCUAAGUUCCAACCAUGGAAUAUACACAGUGUUCGGAAAGGUCUCCGUUUAGAUUAUGUGAAACUCGACGACAACAGCAUUAAAGGACUCCUUGUUUGUUGUUAUCACGCCACAAACGCGGGAUUUUACGCUUUUUCUGGCAUAUCAAAGUCCUUCAAAAGGUUCGUUACUUCAAUGGUUCAAGGUACUAAAAUGAAGCCAAUUUAUUGGAUAUUUUUCCCGAUAAACAUCGGUGAAUCGGUUGAGGCGGCUUGGGUCCGGAGAGUUAAAAAUAUUCACGAACUUGCUUCUAGUCCUAUAUUAGUUAUUCGCACUACUUUUGGAAGAACCGCCACAUUUGGACCCCACAUUCCCACUGAACUCCUACGGCGAUAUGCAUUUCACCCUCUAGUCAGUGGCAAUGAUGGAGUUAUAUCAGGGAUUUGUCACGAUGGCUUAGAUCCAGAGCGUGGACAAAUCUCGGAGUUCGGUGUUACCUGCGAUAAAAGCCACCGUGCUGGAGCUAUAACGCUAGAGCCACCAUUCGAAAGGUAUGACGCACCCCGUAUUCCUCGUCGUACGGGCUCACCAACCACGACUUGGUAUCUGACAAAGGCCCCCCUAGAGGGCCUGCUGAGGGUACAAAUUUGUAGGGAUCGGGAACAUGUCCUUAAGCCAUGUAUUGGCUUACUGCUAUAUUACAAAUGUGGUCGAGUUGAAUCGCUUGGGCAGUUUCGGUGGGACCAGGAUAUUUCCAGUGAAGCAUUUCCACCUAUAUGCGUUAGGAAAGGUAAUUAUAAUGACAACGGCUACAUUAUUCAAGACAUCCAAACGGCCUCGCGUUGCCGUAAUGCUAAUGAACGAAACGGCGAAUGGCGGGAACUUCCACAAACAGGAACUAUCACCUGGUGGUUUGGUCAUCUGGGUGACGCUAUAACUAUAUACAACUACUAG